CGGACUGUGUCCAUCCCGGUGUGGCUUCAAGCGUGGCUGUGGAAACUCGGUGUGAGAGUGAGAGAAGUGUUCGCUGAGCCUGGGAGAGAGGAAGGAACAUUGACUUUAUUCUCGGAGCUAUUUGAAGAAAGUGACUAAAUGCACCUGAGUCAGGCUGUCUGUGGGUAUGAAGUGGUUGGGAGAAUCCAAGAACAUGGUGGUGAAUGGCAGGAGAAGUGGAGGCAAGUUGUCUGACCAUCAGCAGAACCAGUCGAAGUUCCAGUCCGCAGGCAAGGACGCCCUGAAGGCAGGCAGAAACGCCGUGGACAGGAAGUCCAGCAGAUGUAACGGUAACUCGGGGUUUGAAGGACAGAGCCGCUAUGUGCCGUCUUCUGGAAUGUCCGCCAAGGAGCUCUGUGAAAACGAUGACCUCGCGACCAGCUUGGUUCUCGAUCCUUAUUUAGGUUUCCAGACACACAAGAUGAAUACGAGCGCCUUUCCUUCGAGGAGCUCGCGGCACUUUGCAAAGUCUGACAGUUUCCCUCACAACAACCCCGUGAGAUUUAGGCCUAUUAAAGGAAGACAAGAAGAACUGAAAGAAGUAAUAGAGCGUUUUAAGAAGGAUGAACACUUGGAGAAAGCCUUCAAAUGUCUGACAUCGGGCGAAUGGGCACGGCACUAUUUUCUCAAUAAGAACAAAAUGCAGGAGAAGUUAUUCAAGGAACAUGUAUUUAUUUACUUGCGAAUGUUUGCGACUGACAGUGGAUUUGAAAUACUGCCUUGUAAUCGAUACUCAUCAGAAAGAAACGGAGCCAAGAUAGUUGCAACAAAAGAGUGGAAACGAAAUGACAAAAUAGAAUUACUGGUGGGUUGUAUUGCCGAACUUUCAGAAAUUGAGGAGAACAUGCUACUUAGACAUGGAGAAAACGACUUCAGUGUCAUGUAUUCCACAAGGAAAAAUUGUGCUCAACUCUGGCUUGGUCCUGCUGCGUUUAUAAACCAUGAUUGCAGACCUAACUGUAAGUUUGUGUCAACUGGUCGAGACACAGCGUGUGUGAAGGCACUUAGAGAUAUUGAGCCUGGAGAAGAAAUUUCUUGUUACUAUGGAGAUGGGUUUUUUGGAGAAAACAAUGAGUUCUGCGAGUGUUACACUUGUGAAAGACGGGGAACUGGUGCUUUUAAAUCCAGAGUGGGACUGCCUGCGCCUGCUCCUGUUAUCAAUAGCAAAUACGGACUCAGAGAAACAGAUAAGCGCUUAAAUAGGCUUAAAAAGUUAGGUGACAGCAGCAAACACUCAGACAGUCAGUCUGUCAGCUCCAACACUGAUGCAGAUACCACUCAGGAAAAAAACACUGCAACUUCUAACCGAAAAUCUUCAGUUGGUGUGAGAAAGAGCAGCAACAGCAGAACGUUAACCAGGCCGUCGGUGUCCAGAACUCCAGCCUCCGGCUCUACCUCAUCCAAGCUAACUCAUUUACAUAAUUCCAGGGUACCAAAGAGACUGAAAAAGCCUGCGAAGCCUUUACUUUCCAAGAUAAAGUUACGAAAUCAUUGCAAGCGGCUGGAGCAGAAGAACACCUCGAGGAAGCUCGAGAUGGGGAACCUAGUGCUUAAAGAGCCCAAAGUCGUUCUCUAUAAGAACUUGCCCAUUAAGAAAGGGGAGGAGGCCGAGGGGCCGGCGCAGGCCGCCGCUGCGGGCGGGUGCUUGACCAGGCACGCGGCGCGGGAGCACAGACAGAACCCGGCCCGAGGUGCUCGCUGGCAGGGGGAGGCCUCGCCCUGCGCCUACCCCACCAGGCGCUCCGUGAGGACGAGAGCCAGUGUGAAGGAGGCCUCUGACAUCCCGCUGGAGCCGGCCCCGGGGGACGGCUGUAGCCACAGCGAGGCUGAGCCCGGCACGGACGCGGGCGAGCAGGCGGGGGAGCUGCCCGUGGUGCGGGAAGAGGAGCUGGCUCCUGAGACGCCGCCGCAGGGAGAAGCAAGGUGCCAGAAGGGCGACGCCAGCCCCUCCAAGAAGAGGGCGCGGCAAGCAAAGCUGGGGAAGCCGCCGGCGCAGGCGGCCGAGUGCAGCCCGGCGCACGACUCCCCCGGCGGAGACGGCGUGGCGCCAGGGCUGGCGGAGCCGCACCCUGAGCCGGGCGAGCACAGCGGCGCGGCCGGCCUGCCCGGCAGCCACGCGGCCUGCACCGCCCCAGGCGGGGGCGCCGCGGGGGCGCCGGACGGCUUCAGGACGAGAGACAGCGUCCGGCCUGCCAAGAGCAAGAAGAAGCGGCGGCCCACGCGCUACGACGCCCAGCUGGUGCUGGAGGACAGCUCUGGCAUCCCCAAGCUGACCCUGCGCAGGCGCCACGACAGCAGCAGCCUGGCGGGCGAGGAGCGGGACGCGGUGAGCGCCUCCAAGAUCAGCAUCAAGCUGAGCAAGGACCACGAGCGCGAGAACAGCCUCUACGUGGCCAAGCUCAACAACGGCUUCGGCGCCGGCUCGGGCAGCGGCGCCACCAAGCUCAAGAUCCAGCUGAAGCGGGACGAGGAGGGGCCUCACGAGAACCGCGUGUGCUGCAGCGACCCGCUCUCCCUGCUGGAGUCGCGCGUGGGCGUGGACGACUACGGCCAGUACGAGGAGAGCGCCGGGGCCUCGUCCUCCGAGGGCGGGGACGGGGACGAGUCCUCGGACGACUUCGAGGACGACUUCAUCCCGCUGCCCCCCGCGAAGCGGCUGAGGCUCAUCGUGGGGAAGGACUCCAUAGACAUCGACAUCUCCUCGCGGAGACGGGAGGACCAGUCUCUGCGGCUGAACGCGUGAGCGCGGGCGCACCUCCCUCCGCGCACCGAACUGUAGAACGUGUACAGCGUGCUGCGCCCCCGUCUCCGUGUGCACAUUUGUACCGUACUUCUUAAAUCGCCUUCUUACGUGCAAUCCUGAACUAGAGGUCAAGCCCUGUUGUAAAAAUAAAGGCUCAAGCUAAGUUGUACAGUGACAACAACUUUCCACACAGGACGCGGACAACAGUGUGGCUACACAGUUGUGUGUUCUGUUUUUUUUAACUUUAGGAGCAUCAGCUGACUGUGUAACAUAUGACUACACGGAUUUAAUCAUCGUAGCAGCGUAUUAAGGUUUCUAGUAUAUGCUCGUAUCACCAGCAAUGACCUUUGGCUCUUUGGUUUAUUUGCUCCGUGUUUCCCGGUUGGAGUUUGAUCCGUUUCACACUGUUUGGGGGCCCAGGUGUACUGUUCGUGGCCUUUGUUAACAUAGCAAGCCAUUGGUUGGAAGUCAGAUUGAUUUCUUUAAAAACCAAAAAAAAAGAGAGAGAAAAAGGAAGCCCCACGUGACAACUCACAGCGCGUGACGGGCGGGCGCGGUGUGCAGCCCAGUCAGUGCUGCGUAUUUAUUCUUGUCAUGUAAAUUAAAGACCUUGUAUUUAACACUUUUCAACCCUUUUAGAUAAAAUUGUUCUUUGCAAGAAUGAUUGGUGCUUAUUUUUUCAAAACUUUGCUGUGAACAAUGUGACGGCGACAAGCGACAUUUACCUAAUGAACUCACAGCUGUCUUGAUUUGGUUCUCUGAGUUUUCUGUUGCACUUGUAAAAUGCUACAAGGAAUAUUAAAGAAUCUAUUCACUUUAACUUAUAAUAGUUUAUGAAAUAAAAACAAGAGUCACAGCUUUUGUUCUGUGGUAACCUAUAAAAAUGUUUUGUCUGAAAUUCAAUGUAAAGAGCUGAAAACGAUGUAUAUGUUGUAAAUAUUUGUGUGUUGUGAGAACUUUUUGUCAUAAGAAAUUAAAAGAACUUACCAGGAAGGUUUUUAAGUUUAGAAAUAUCCAUGCCAAUAAAAUAGGAAAUUAUAAAUAUAUAGUUCUAAGCACUGCAUCAGUGGGAGUUCUUGGCUUAUGUUAGUUAAUUAUGAAAAUAUCAAAGAUUUUUUGACUAUAUUAUCAGUUAAAAAGAGGAGUCAGAUCUAAUCUGUUUUUUUUUUUUUUUUGAAGCACUUUGAGAAAUGUUUAAUUUAAUGAGCAAAUUUUUGAUUACUACUUACGUUCGAUACCAGGCUCUCAUUUCUCUGGUUUAUUUUACAAAUCGUUGGACAAAGAAUUGGGGAAUAUAGAACCGUAAGGGCUGUUUGAGCCCAGUGGGCCCCUCGUCCCUGGGCGUGGGCACGUGCGGUCUGGCGCCCGGGGGCGAGGGACAGCCCCGGAGGCAGGGCCUGCGAGCCGCACUUGUCAGGAGCCAAGCAGAACCGAGGUUCCUGAACACAACGAGUUCCUGACAUUCGGAUCGCUCCCCUCGCGUGCUCCAGGCGUUGCUUCUGUGGGGGCACAGCCUCCCAGUUUGUCAGCUGCAGUCUGGUUCCUCAGGUAUUAGCUCGGGAGCACGAGGUAGACGCCCGCCACGCGCACACCCCCUGUCCCCGCCUCGAGGGUCACCCCUCCACGCACCUGGAGCACUUUACAGACCGCGUCCAGGCUCCCGGCCACCCUAGCCAAGCAGAGCCUGUGUCCGGGGGCCCAAGGACGGCCGCCCGAGGCUGGGAAGCCACCCCUGCGCCACUGCGGACUGUGCGUCCUGAAGACGUAGUCACACACGGCCCGUUUUUCUCCAUCCGUAAGUUUAGCUUUCCUAACUUAUUUAUGAUGUGUGUGUGAUGUUGCUGUGGCCUCGGCGUUCGAGGCUGACCCUCCAAUGCUCUCAGAACAGGGGCGCUCGGGGACGACAGGCGCUGCCCCUCCGGAGUGGACAGCCGCUGGGGUGACCUCAUUCCGUUCCAGGCAGGGGCCUCGCAGCGGCUGGCGAGCGGGAGCAGUCCACGCCGCGGACCAGUUUGGAAGAGGUUGCGUUCAAUAAAACUCUCAGCUUGAGCUUAUGCAAUGAUUGGUGAAGAUGUUGACCUUGUAAGAAUUAGAAGCGAUCAUAGAAAUAAUCUAUGUAUUCAGUUUUCAAUCAUUUUUUCAAAUUGCUGUUUUAAAUUGUUUUUGCUGAGUUGUAAUACUUUUGAGAUACAAUGUAUUCCUUGUACUGAAAGAAUGAAAAAGGACUUUUUCAGCAUUUGAGGUAAGUUCUUUAACGUUUCAUUAAAAACAUUUUUUACAAAUAUUUUGUACAUGCACUUGCAGUAUUGAGGUUAAUCAUUUUAAU